CUGGAACAGACCUAUUAUUUAUUAUAAAGAAAUUCGGGAAAUUGCUUUCGAGAUCCCAUAUCUAGCGAUAGUUUGAAUUUCAAUUUAGAUAUAAUGGAGUCCAACAGUGCAUUUUCAGUCCAAAUUAAGAAGGAAACAACUGAAAGGGCCAGUGUUCCACCAUAUGUGAAUCCCGAUACGUUCGCUUCUGGUACGGUUUGUGUUAGUAUUUUUAAGCAUCAGCUAGUGAACGAACAUAAUGGUGACUUUAAAAGAAUUGAUAUGGAUAACGAACUUCCAGCAUUACCACACACGCAAUCGGUUUUUGGGCAUCAGUCAGAAACGAUGAAGCAGCACAAGCAAACCUACAGUAGAAGUCGAUUGUUUGAUUGUGAUGUAUGUGGCAAAGAAUUCAUCCAGAAGCAACAUUUGCAGCGGCACGCUGUUACACACACUGGCGAGCGACCUUAUAAAUGUGAAAUUUGUGGCAAAGCAUUCACCCAGCGAAGUAAUUUGACCUCACACAAACUCAUUCACAGUAGUGAAAGACCACAUAAAUGCGAGGUGUGCGGAAAGGAAUUUACCAAACAGGGUUAUCUAGCACACCAUAGCUUAAUUCACACCAACAACUGGCCGUACAAGUGUGAAAUAUGUGGCAAAGGAUUCAUUCAAUCCAUAAAGCUCAUCCUUCACAAACGAACGCACGAUGAUGAAAGACCUUAUCAGUGUAGCCUAUGUUCCGAAGGAUUUCUCGAACACUACCAGCUUGUCAAUCAUGAAAACAGUCACACCGUAGAAGGUCCGCACAAAUGUGCGGUGUGCGGCAAAGGGUUCGCCCGGAAGAAAAAUCUCCGAAUGCACAUGGAUCUUCAUAGAGGUCACGUGUACAGGUGUGACGUGUGCGGACGAGAAUUUACAAAAAGUACCAACCUUACACGACACAUGCGAAUUCACACCGGAGAACAGCCGUACAGGUGUGAUAUAUGUGGAAGAGCAUUUCGGCAACAGGGAAAUUAUAUUGUUCACAAACGAAUGCACAGUGGUAACCAUCCGCACAAGUGCGACAUCUGUAGCAAACAAUUUGUCCGGAAGAACCUGCUCAUGGAACACCUUCAACGACACACCGAAACCGACUGCGUACCGGAGCCGAUUUUUUCAGUCUCCGUUAGUUAGGCUAGAGUUCGCUGAAUUUCGCGGUUGGGGUUGGAUAGCAAAAAACCUCGUUUUUUUAUUCCUGAUUAAAAAAUAAAAUAUUUAGACUGAGAGACAAA